UCUGCAGCUCCACCUAACGGGAAGCAACGACGGCUGCUUAAUCUUUCAUUGAGAGAAAAGGGGAAAGGCGAGACGAAAACGACUAAAAAUUGUCUUCGCCUCCAGCCAAAAUGAUCCACAGCCUGUUCCUAGUCAAUGCCUCAGGGGAUAUUUUCCUAGAGAAGCACUGGAAAAGCGUGGUCAGCCGCUCAGUGUGCGAUUACUUCUUCGAGGCUCAGGAGCGCGCCACCGAACCUGAGAACGUCCCUCCAGUGAUCCCCACACCGCAUCACUACCUUAUCAGUGUGCUCAGGCAUCGCAUCUACUUCGUAGCGGUCAUCCAGAGUGAGGUGCCACCGCUCUUUGUCAUCGAGUUUCUGCACAGAGUCGUCGACACGUUCCAGGAUUAUUUUGGAGUGUGUACAGAAGCGGCAAUCAAAGACAAUGUGGUAGUUGUCUACGAACUGCUGGAGGAGAUGCUGGACAACGGGUUCCCCUUGGCCACAGAGUCCAACAUCCUCAAAGAGCUUAUUAAGCCUCCCACCAUCCUCCGCACUAUGGUCAACACCAUCACAGGCAGCACCAAUGUGGGUGAACAGCUUCCCACAGGCCAGCUGUCAGUGGUGCCAUGGCGACGCACCGGAGUCAAAUACACCAACAAUGAAGCCUAUUUUGACGUGGUGGAGGAGAUUGAUGCUAUCAUUGAUAAAUCAGGGUCCACUAUUACAGCAGAAAUUCAGGGAGUUAUUGAUGCCUGUGUGAAGCUGACAGGCAUGCCUGACCUCACUCUCUCUUUUAUGAAUCCUCGGCUGCUGGAUGACGUCAGUUUCCACCCGUGUGUUCGGUUCAAGCGCUGGGAAGCUGAGCGAAUCCUCUCUUUCAUCCCACCUGAUGGAAACUUCCGGCUGCUCUCCUACCAUGUCAGCUCUCAGAACCUGGUUGCUAUUCCGGUGUACGUCAAGCACAACAUCACUUUUCGGGAGGGAAGUUCCCAGGGACGCUUUGACUUGACACUGGGCCCCAAACAGACCAUGGGCAAAGCUGUGGAGUCGGUCCUGGUCAGCAGCCAGUUGCCCCGGGGCGUCCUCAAUGCCAACCUCAACCCCUCCCAGGGAACAUACACCUUUGACCCAGUCACAAAGUUGUUGACAUGGGAUGUUGGCAAGAUCAACCCACAGAAGCUUCCUAGUCUGAAAGGUACAAUGAGCCUGCAGGCCGGAGCCUCCAAACCUGAUGAGAAUCCCACCAUCAACAUCCAGUUCAAGAUCCAGCAGAUGGCCAUCUCAGGCCUGAAGGUGAAUCGACUGGACAUGUACGGCGAGAAGUAUAAACCUUUCAAAGGAAUCAAGUACAUGACCAAGGCUGGCAAGUUCCAGGUCCGGACAUAAAGACUACUGCUCUCUGAACGCCGGACCAAACCACCACGAGACUGAGGGGAGAUGUGAUGGGGGAAGGGGAGUUGGUACAUUCCCUGUGUAUAUGCAUUUACCUAUGACGGUAUACCUACAUGAAUUGGAGGCUCCUUGUAGCAGCUAAGAGUGGGCCAUUGCACAUAGAAAUGAAACCUCUGUUGUCAACUGGUUAAAGCUCUGACUGAGUCUGAAGAGUUUGAACUAAGUGUCCUAAUACAUUUCCAUCUCUGUCUGAGCAUUUCUCCUCAUUUUCACUUUUAGCAGCAUUUUCAUUUAUAAUUUUAAUCAAACCAAGACCAAGCUUUUACAUUAGGACUGUGUACAAGUCUGUGUCAAUUCAGGCUCUAUCGAGUUAAACAUACAUUUCAAGCAGUCUGAUUCAGAGUCACCUGUCCUUCACCUUUCCACACAGUAUUUGAUUGUCUAUGGAGAGAGUUGUGGGUUACUGGAUCAGACAGUUGGACAUUCCGCCAACAGAGCUUCUCUGAUAAUAAAUAGUGAUACCAUGUGUGACAGAAGUUUAGUGUUCUGUCAUGUUAACGGACCUCUAGAAGAUAAAACAACAGCGUGGUUGCACAUUAAUCUUACGCUAACUAAAUUUGCUCCCUAGUGAUACAGAAGAAGCUCCUACAGUGAUUAUCUGUGCUCCAAAGGAUGCACAUUGUUACAGCAAGUGGAAAUUUAUUGCAUUUUUUAUCCUCCUGUCUAGUUUUUCUAAUUCCUUUUCCAGCGCCCUGUUUCAUCUGCUCUCUGUUUGCUCUCCUCUUUGUUCUGUUCUUGUGCUCUUCUUCUCCGCGGUGAAGUAAUUUGAUGAUUUUGUCUGCAACACUGGAGUCAGCACGCUGACAUACGAGAAUGUGACACUGGACCCGUCCUCAAUCACGCACUUUUACAUCUGCUGGUACUAACAUUUCUAUUCUUGCAAGUCAGAUGGAUGUAGAGAGAUUGAAGCUCUUUGAACAAUUUGUUACCAUUAAGGUAGGCUGGAAGAAAUUCAGAAACAUGUUUGCCUGUUUUAUUCAACUUUAAUUAUUAUUUAUUAAACAAAAAGAAUCAUUGUGUUGAUUACAAAAGCUUUAACUUUACCGUAGCUUGCUCUUUAACCAUAUUAUGAGACUGUUGAUUCUGAAACACUAUGAUCCAAAUUAUCCAGAAAGGUUUUCUCAGGGCACCACAGCCCCCACAGUGAGAGAAACUUUAUAAUGUGCAUUUUUAGUAUCGAUUUGCAUACAUCAUGUAAACGUAAGAUUAAGAAUGUCGUCAUGGCAACUGAGCUGCUCUGGAUAAACCGAUGCAGGAUGAUGAAGUGAUGCAUUCAUGCCUCUGGGUCUCUGCUGAAAUCAGCCCACCAUCAAACUCUGCUCUUUAACAGUUGGCAUCGAGCUUCAUGGUUGCUAUAAGGAUAUUGAGGCGUUAACGGCUGGAAAAUAAAAAAAAAAGAUGAUAUGAAACUAUGUAUUAAGGUGUAACGGCAAGGUACCUCAGAGGAAAUGUUGAAAGUUUGCGUUUUGUGUUUACAACAUUUUGUUUGUGUUUGUUAAACGGCCUCCAAUGGAGUGUACAAUGGUGAAAAAAAUAAAGAUUCAAUGUGUUAUAAGUGA